GGAGACGGCGCAGCGCGUGACGAAGGCGCGCUGCUUUCCCUGGGCGGGGAAACGGGGCUGCUUUGCCCCGCCCUCUUUCCCCCCUGGCUCGGACGCUUCCACAGGCCUCAUAUCUUGGGGGUGGGGGAGAGACUUUGUUGGGAGCGCCCCCGCAACGCAGGUAAGGUCGAGCUGUCCGCCUCCGUCGCGAACGAUAGAACUGCUGGCAUGUUUGCUAAAGCUAAGCAGGGUCCGGUGUGGUUUCAAAUUGGAUGGGAGACCGCUUCCUGCUUUGCAAGGGGCUGCGCGAGAAAGAGCCCUCGGGAUCCCUUCCAACUCUGUUUUUAUGGAAGUGGGUAAGAAGAGAAGUCGCUGCUGCUGCUACUGCUGGAACUGGGUUCCCCCACCCGCUUUCAAAGCUGCCCAGCAGACGGAAAUUCAACAGAUGCAGCUCUCUGCAAUUUCAGAUAAGCCAGUUUCUGCCUGUCCAUGUAUUUAAACACACAGCAACAUGGACGUAGCCAAGGGGGGAGAAGGAAGGGGUAGCUGCCCCACAAAUCAAUAAAAUUCAAUACAAAUACAUGGCAAACUGAGGUUCUGCCCCCCCCCCAACAAAAAUCCUGGCUAUGCCCAUGCACAGGAAGGCUGGUGGUUCGACCCCACCCAGGGACAGCUGUGGGCAAGAUGCCGGCAUUGCAGGGGUUGGACUAGAUGAUUUCAGGAUCACCGUCCAACUUUAUGAGUCCCUGAACCCUGUGAGCAGUGGAACUCCUGCAACAUUGACUCCAACCAAAAGGAGGAACUUGAAUUCUUAAAGGCUUGAGACUUCCUCAAAAUUGCACACAGCUCUUUGGUUGCCACUCCUGCCUCUGACAAAUGCUCAAGGAGGCAGGUGUUCAAAAGGAAUAGCCUUUCCCCAUAACAUUCUCAUCAUCUCACCAGUGACGUUUCCAUAAGCUGAUCGGCCCACCUAGCCUUUGGGUGGUAGGUAGGGCACUUGUUAAAGAAAAAUCCAAAGUCUAGAAAGCCCUCCAUUUUCACAUACAUUAUUGUGUCCAUACAUGGUUUAAGAGACACUAUUUGCAAUAAGUUCUUAAAACUCUUAUGGCAUAGUUCAAGCAGUCAUAGAAUUGUAGAGUUGGAAGGGACCCCAUGGUAAUCUAGUCCACCCCCCUGCAACGCUGAAAUCUCAACACGCGGUCCCCCAAUUUGAAACCAAACCUUCUUAGCUUUGCAAAUUGUGCUAGCUGAUUUAUUGCAGACAUUCCUUGUCCUCCAAGGGUGACUAUAAAGGUAAAGGGACCCCUGACCAUUAGGUCCAGUCACGGACGACUCUGGGGUUGCGGUGCUCAUCUCGCUUUAUUGGCCGAGGGAGCCGGCGUACAGCUUCCGGGUCAUGUGGCCAACAUGACUAAGCCGCUUCUGGAGAACCAGAGCAGUGCACUGAAAUGCCGUUUACCUUCCCACCGGAGUGGUACCUAUUUAUCUACUUGCACUUUGACAUGCUUUCAAACUUCUAGGUUGGCAGGAGCAGGGACUGAGCAAUGGGAGCUCACCCCGUCACGGGGAUUCGAACCACCAACCUUCUGAUCGGCAAGCCCUAGACUCUGUGGUUUAGACCACAGCGUGACUAUAUACCACUUCACUUUCACAUAAACUGUUUGAAAUUUGUGAGAAAAUCGCUAAUCUUCUUUUACCUCCUGUCGAUUACAUAGCUUGGUAAUGAGCUUGAUCGUACUUGUAUUUCUGUGUGUUUCCGUUCCCCAUUAAGCAUCAUUUCACCAUGUACCUAGACUCUGAAAGCUUUUAAAAGUAAAGGACAUGCCAAUUCUCAAUAGAGCAGAUUCCAGGAUCUAUGGGGUUGGGCACCAAAUUUUAUGGGUCUGUCUCUGGAAUCAAAGUUCAUUUGGGGACCAGAGCCUUCUAGAGAGAGAUGGAUAUGAAAUGAAUUGGGGUGAAAUAUGGAAUGGGUUUGUGUUGACACACCUUUCUCGCGAGUCCUCACCUCUGCUCUGUUCCCCCAAAACUUAAUAGAGCUAGAGGAGCGACUAGGAGGGGCUUAAACCUUCAGAACUUGAUGGUGCCACAAGCACACAUCCUAGAAUACCAGGUAAUGUAGUUGCUGUGCUUUCCUGUAUCCCUGGGCACUGCUGUGCAAGCUUGUGGCAUCAUCCAGAUCUCUUCUCUUAUUGCCCUGCACUUGCCAGAAACGUCUGCCACCAGUCCCUUCAAUAAAUUUGGGGGGAAAGUGGUGGUAUCUUUGAAGGUCUUGCUGUAGAAGUGGAUAGCAGCAAAACCUCUGCACUAACACUGGGAGCAGGAUAGAGCCUUGGGUUAAGAAUAGGGCUGGGCAAUAUAUCGAUACAUCUUCCAAAACCGAUUUGAAGUCCAUAUGAUAUCUGUUUCGUAAUCUUUGACCUGGCAAUAUAUUGUGAAUCAUGAUGUGUGUGUGCGCGCGCAUGCGCUAUGCAAAAAUCACAAUGUGGGGAAAACCGUGAAGCCAGCCAGUGCCUCUACAUAGCUCCAUCCUUAUUUCAGACAUUGUGAUACAUCAGUAUAGCGCGACGUUUAGCUGGUGGAUGUAUCACGAUGCUAAACACCCGAUAUCGCCCAACCCUAGUUAAGAAUGGGUUCAAAAGUAAAAUGGAUACAUUUUGAAAGUUCAUCAAAUUAAUCUACAGGGGUACCUCAGGUUAAGUACUUAAUUUGUUCCGGAGGUCUGUUCUUAACCUGAAACUGUUCUUAACCUGAAGCACCACUUUAGCUAAUGGGGCCUCCUGCUGCUGCUGCGCCGCCGGAGCCUGAUUUCUGUUCUUAUCCUGAGCAAAGUUCUUAACCUGAAGCACGAUUUCUGGGUUAGCGGAGUCUGUAACCUGAAGCGUAUGUAACCUGAAGCAUAUGUAACCUCAGGUACUACUGUAUUUGCACUGGCUCCAAAUCAGGUUGAGAUGGGUCAUUGGUUGCCAAUUAAUCAUCCAGGUGAAAAGGGUGCCAGUUACAAUCCCAACAGCAGGUUUUGAUUUUUUACUUGUUUCCCCUUGAAUUGCACUGCAUUGCAUCUGCAGGGCUGAUUUCUUCUUUUGUUUCAGCAGGGGCGUUUCAGCCUGGCAGCAUGGGCAUCCACGGAUUAAUGAGCUACGUAGGGGAACAUAGAGAGUUCUUUGUUGACCUGCAGUUGAGGGACACCAGUAUAGUAAUUGACGGAAAUAACCUGUACCAUCGCCUUUACUUUGAUUCCAACUUGGACAUGCGGCGCGGAGGGGAUUACGAUUCGUUUGCAGAUGUCGCCCGCAAGUUUUUUGAAACCCUGACUCUGUGCAACAUCCGGCCGUACGUCGUGCUAGAUGGAGGGUGCGAUGUGUCUGACAAAAAGCUUGCAACCAUCAAGGAAAGAGCUCGGGAGAGGAUCCUGUCAGCCUAUUGUCUCUCCUGUGGCGGUGGCGGCGGCAGUCUACUGCCUUUGCUCAUUAGAGAAGUCUUCAAGCAGAUCUUGACCAGCUUGCCAGUGCCUUUCGUCCAGUCUUUUUCAGAAGCGGACAGGGACAUUGUGUCAUUAGCCAAUCACUUGAAUUGCCCGGUGUUAACUUUAGAUAGCGACUUUUGCAUUUUUGACCUGAAAGCCGGCUAUUGUCCUCUGAAUUACUUUCAGUGGAGAAGCCUGCCCUCCUGCAAAGACUCGCAAGACUGCUACAUCCCAGCACGGCGCUUCUCGUUAGAGAGGUUUUGUGGCCAUUUCAGCAAUAUGAACAAAACCCUCCUGCCUCUCUUUGCGGUGAUGAAUGGCAACGACCAUAUUAACCUGCCGGCUAUAGAAAUGUUCUUUAGCAAGGUACGCCUUCCCGUCGGAAGCUCCAGGCAGAAAUGUCGAAAGCACGUCCGCAUUCAAGGGUUGCUGAACUGGCUGUCUCGCUUUUCUGAUCCUGCUGAGGCUAUAGAAAAUGUACUGAAGUAUGUUAACAAGCACGAAAAAGAGGAAACAAGGCAGCUUCUCUGUACUUUUAUGGAGGAAUACGAACCGUCCAGUGUCAGUCUCAAAGAUUUUUUCCAGAAUGGAGUCUAUGAAUCGGAGGAAGCCAAGAAAUUGGAGUUGCCUCCGUGGAUUCUUACUGCGUUAGCAAAAGGCCUUAUAGCACCAUUCGUCAGUGAUGCCCUGAUAUUAAAAAGAACAAUUCUCCACGUUCAGGUAGAGAAUAUGCAAAGGCCUAGUGCUAAUGCCAUAUCUCUACCAAUUCGACAAAUCAUCUAUGGAUUACUUCUGGGCGGUUCGCAAUGUUCGGUCAGUACCUCCUCGGGAAAAGCACCCACUCGCGUUUUCCAUGAAUUUGACAGAAUACAAAGAGCACUCAAGAAAUCGUUCAUCCAAGCAGCAGCGUUGUCCGGACAUUUUUGUAGCGACCAGUACUCUCUGAAUACUUUAAGCGAGGUAAAUGGCUCAAAAUGGCAGGCAUAAAGCAAACAUAUCAGUAGUGUUUGAAUACUGCGGUUCUGUGGGGGGGGGGGGAGGAAAUAAUGUGAUGUUGGGCACAGAAUCCAACUUCUUGAGGCUAUCAGCUUUCAAUUUUUUAUUUAAAAAGAAAGCUUUCCAGCCUUUAUAGUUGGGUACAUGUGAAAAUACAUGGGCAAUGCUUGCUGAAUUGUCAAAAGCUCUGCAUAAGAUUCCUAAUGGUUAGCAGGAGCCUAAGCGGUGUUAGAAACUCAGACAGAUAAGCAAAGCACCAAAUGGCAUCUUACACCUCAUUUCCAGUCACCAUCACAGAAUGUCUAGGCACCAUUUAAAAAAAAAAAAAAAUACUUAUUAUUAUUAUUAAUUUCAUUUCUUUGCCACUUCAUAUUUUAAUGAAAAGAUCUCACCGCAGUUGACAACACAUUAAAACAUCAAAUAAAAUGAUCCAGAAUAAAACAAAUUCAAGCUUCAAGGAAAAUAAUUCAGAUCCUUCUCUAAGGGACAUUUAGCUUUCCCCAUAUUUAUUUACCUAGUUACUGUAUUUUUUGCUCCAUAGGGCACACCGGACCAUAGGGCGCACCUAGUUUUUAGAGGGGGAAAUCAAGAAAAAAAAAUCUUAUUUCCCCCUCAGCCCCAAAGAGCAGUGUACAGGCUGUGUGCAGCCUCUCCCUGCUGGAGGGGUUGUGCGUGGCUAUGGCACAAGCCAAGACAGCGAGCGGGAUCCAUGUCAUAGCCGCGUGCAACCCUUCCAGCAGGGAGAGGCUGCGCGGGGCUAAAGAAGCCCGCGUGCCAUAGCCACGUGCAGCCUCUCCCUGCCGGGAGAGCAAGACUCUCCUGGCUUCAGCGAAAGGAACCUGAAGCCUCCAGAACGUAGCGGGAACUCGCGCUGCGCUCCAAAGGCUUCAGGCGGCUAUCCCUGAAGCCUGGAGAGCGAGCGGGGUCGGUGCGCACUGACACCUCUCGCUCUCCAGGCUUCAGCGAAAGCAACGCAAAGCCUCCGGAGCGCGGAGGGAGCUCCAUAGGACGCACACACAUUUCCCCUUAAUUUUUGGAGGGGAAAAAGUGCGUCCUAUAGAGUGAAAAGUAUGGUAAUUUAUAGAGCUGUCCCAUAGCAGAAUUACUCUAGGAAACCAGUGUGGUGUAGUGUUUAAGAGUGUCGGACUAGGACCUGGGAGAUGAGGGUUCAAAUCACCACUCAGUUGUGAAGUUCCCUGGGUGACCUCAGGCCAGUCACACCCUCUUAACCUACCUGAUAGGGUCGUUGCAGGGAUUAACUGAGGAGGGGUGAACCAUGUACUCCUUGGAGAAAAAGGUGGGAUUUCAAUGCAAUAAAUAAGCUCUUUAGCCUAGCUCAGUGGUUUUCAACCAGUGUGCCGUGGCCCCUGAUGGUCAGGGGUGUCGUGGGCAACACUGGCCUCUGCCCCUCUUUCCUUCUCUCCCUUCCUCUUAGGUCCUCUUACAUCUCUGCCUCCCAAAGGCUUGCACAGCUGUUUGUUGCAGCAGCCCUGGCUACAAGCUCCCCAGGCGAAUGGUGCCUCUGGGGCUGGCCUGGGGUUGCUUCCCAGGCCCCUGUGGGGCAAUGUGAGGAGGCAUCUCUCUUCAGAGGGCAGCUCAGAGACCAGGGGGCAGCUGCGGCUGCCCAGAGGACUCCCAAGGAGAGGGGAGAGAUGAGAUGAGUCUGAGGGAACACUCCACAAGGGAGGGUGUUCAAAAAGGGGUGAGGGGCUGCCAGCUCUGCAGGCAAGGGGUGACACAACUGGGCUCCUGACCCCCACAGGGGUGCUGCAGAAAGAAUGCGGUUGGUCAAGAGAGCUGUGGGCUCAAAAAGGUUGAAAACCUCUGCCUUAGUUACUUAAGAAAGCUGAAAGGGCCAGCCAGAUGGAGAUGUCCAUUGUCAGCCUGGUAUCCAGAGAUCUCCCUGUGGUUCCAAUUGGACCCACACCAGUUGCAAACUGAUUCACAUCCAGUUGAAAUUUCAUGAAGGCUUGGCCAUUUCUUUAUGUACAGGUUCCCUUAGCAGACCGCCUGAUCCUUUUGUUGGAGACAUUGGGAGUGACAGCCAGCAUCCUGGAGCCAGUUCCUUGUCACCUGCGGCUUCCUCUGGCCGUGACUUGUUACUGGACGCGGUAUUCAGAACCCAAAGCGAAGUUACAGCACAUGAAGGCCUUACUACUUGGAGUCGUAGCUGGGGAACUUGAUAAAGCAAUACAUAGUCCAGGUAGGUUCAGCUUUGGUUCUCUUUUUCGUCCUGGCAUUGCCAAUGACUCUUUUCUUAAUUUGCACACUGGGGCUUUUACAUGAAAGGCCAGAGGAUCUUCUUUGCAUGCAGGAGAGUCCAGGUUCAAUCCCUGACAUCUCUACGUUGGGCUGCGAGAGGAUGCAAUCUGAAACCCUGGAGACAAUGCUGAACUAAAUGGACCAGUGGUCUAACUCAGUAUAAGGUGGUUGUGGCUGGCAUCCAUCUGUCUCGAGAGACCAUGGAGUGCGCCUCCAGGGGUGAAAUCAGAACAUUGCUUUAGCAGCACCAAUUUGACACACACCCCCGGACACAAGCCUGGGCAGCCCAGACCACAAGACUCUCAGCCUCGCUGAUCUGGUCCAGGCACCUCCAGGCAGUAUAACAUGGUUCCUUUCCCCUCCAUUUCCUCCUCACAACAACCCUGUGAGGUAGGUUAGACUGCAAGACAGUGUCUGUCCCAAGGUCACCCAGUGGACUUGCUGGCGGAGUGGGGAUUUCAAUGCUGGUCUCUUUGGUCUGGGUCCAGCCCUUCAACCCCACUUUCUCUUAACAUGUUACAGUGGUACCUCGGGUUACAGACGCUUCAGGUUACAGACCCUUCAGGUUACAGACUCUGCUAACCCAGAAAUAGUGCUUCAGGUUAAGAACUUUGCUUCAGGAUGAGAACAGAAAUUGUGCUCCAGCGGCAUGGCAGCAGCAGGAGGCCCCAUUAGCUAAAGUGGUGCUUCAGGUUAAGAACAGUUUCAGGUUAAGUACGGACCUCCGGAACAAAUUAAGUACUUAACCCGAGGUACCACUGUAAUAGGCUUAGGUGUUAUCAAGUAGGCCGUGACUACUAUUUGGCAGAGAUGGUUAUGUUUCAAAUAUUUCGAAUAGCAAUGCAUGCAUUUGUGCUUAAAUGUCUCAAAACAUUCUGAAUUCUCUCCCCCGCACACUAAUUCGUGUCCAGAUCCCAAGUGUCCACCAAUUGAGAUCGAUAAAAUUGUGUAUGAACAGUUCUUGAAAUGGAAAAAAGACACAUCUCAGAAAGAAGCAAUGGAAUUAGACGCUGCCCACAUUUUCUGCCAGUGGCAGUGCUGCCUUCAGAUGGGAUUGUAUCUCAACCAACUCCUUUGUAGUCCUCUCCUUGAGCCAGAUCUUACACGGUAAGAGUUCCCAAGGCUGCAAGUCCUACUGAAUCAGCUGCUCUUUUCCCACUUCUUUUUUCCAAGUCAGGAAUAGUGGUGGUUUUAGUCCAGCAAAAUCCAGAAGACCAGAGGUUAGCCACCCUGAUAUAUAGGAGCAGAAAUGCAUAAAACAGCCCCAUGAUUCCACAGUCCUGAGCUACACCAACCAAGCAACUUUGGAGUGAAUGUUAAAAUUCCCCAGGACUGAGAGAUGGGGCUCCAACACCAGACUGAAGGCCAUGUUGGUAAGCUUGGCUAAGGAAUCUGUUACCCAAAUGCCUAAGAGGUACACUAACAGAAUUCCUCAUCCAGGCUUCAUUAACUUGGUGCCCUGUUUUAGACAGCUGUGUUGGCAGGGACUGAUGGGGACUGUAGUUCAAAAUAUCUGGAGGGUACUGGGUUGGGAAAGGCUUCCCCAGCCUCUCCCAAGACCCACACACUAAGGUGGAAUCUACACACAUGUAAAAAACACUGUGAAAACGCUUUUUAAAAAAAUAUAUUGAAUAUGCCAUAGCACACCAUCGCCAUCUAGUGUCACUUUUGUAUAUUUCACUUUACAACACAUUUAAAACGUUUUAUUUGCAGCUGUGUAGCUGAGUCCCAAGUCUAAGCACUCUCUCAAGGUAGUUUACUGGACAUGGCAUAAGGUGAGCAAGGUGGUUAAUGGUAUGCUGCUGACAACACCAAGGUUGCAGGUUUGAUUCCUAUAUGGGACAACUGCAUGUUUUGCAUCGCAGGGGGUUGGACUAGAUGAUCCUCAGGGUCCCUUCCACGAUUCUGUGUUGAUUUUGGCCACUCCACCUCACUCUCUCUGUAUUUCCACUUUGGGCAGGAAGGAGCCAGGCCAGUUCUAGUCGCCUCAUCAAACCAGCUCUUGGUUUGCCAAGAUCAAAUCCUUUAUCAUAGACUUUCCUCCAUCAUUCCUAGUUCAGCAAUUUCUGAUUUCUCUCUCCAAAAGGCUGCUCUUUAUACGAUUGGCCUCCUCCAUCCAGAUUCUCUAUUUUUCCCUACGGCCAUCUCACUUUAAGAAAGUUGUCCUGUGGAAGUUGCAACUGAAUUCUCUUCUCUACUUUCCCCCACCAGCCCCCAAACUCCCUCUAUGCUUUUUCCAUUUUCAUCCCCAUGAUACGAGGCGAUUCUUAAGACCUCUAAAAAUAUUAUCAAACUAGGAGAGAAAGGAGGCUGGAUGCUUUUAAGUAUCUGCUUCAAAUACAAAGUCUUAAAAUACAUUUUUAUUUCGUAAAGGACACCCUUCACAUCUUGAGUUCUCAAACCAUAAAAUAAUAACUUGUACCAACAGCACCAAGCUGUGCUAGAUGCUAACUACUUUCCCUCCCGUCUUUUGACAGGCUUUACAAUGGGACCCUGGUGCACAGACUGUAUCGUGAGCUUAAAUCAUCCUCCUCACCAGAGAACCUGCUCAGUGCAUCUCCAAAAAUGUACCAGCUUUACAGCAACAUGAUACAUAUAGUGAAAGGUAUAGCACCGCCAGACUUCUUCCAGAAAAAGAAGAAACCCAAAUCGCGCAGGAAAAAGAACAAUCAAACCACUGAUCAAGGGCUGGAUAAAAGAGAAAGCGCCAUGUUGGAAACUUUGCCUUCCUGCAGUAUUAACAACAGAUUUGAAGCAUUAAUGGUGGAGAACUGAAAGCCCAGUCUACUAGAAAGAGGCUGUGUGUCCUUUGCGUUGAAGACUUCAGAAGACCUCUCUCAAAAUGAGUCUUCAAGAAACAAUGACAAGAAUCAUAUGGUGCUAUUAUGCUUGAUUUGCUGGCCAGUUAAGGUUGGUCUUAGUUACAGGAGGAAAUGUCUUCUUACCUUUGAGUAGUACUAUUGCAGUGAGUAGUCUGAGUGACUAGGGGUUUUACAAUGUAUUUUGUGCACAUGCAAAUCCUCACUAUACCCUUCCCCCUCUAUGGCCAAUGACAAAUCCCUGAAACCUGACUAUUGAUCACCCAAUAGUUUUUACAUGCAGUUCCAAGACUCAUGUUUUAACUCCCUGUUGCCCCUCUCCCCCCAUUGUUUUUUUAUAUACGUUGAUGUGAACAAUAUCUGCAAGAAGGAUUUUGUUUUUUCAGACUGGUCUUUUCUUGGCACUCCUACCAGUGUUUUACAAAUAUUUCACAAUAUACCUGAUAAAAGUUUCCUAAUACCUGGCAAAUGUCCGAGGACAAAAUCAGAAUUUUGCUAGACAAGUUUCAGCAGAUAUGGCUGCAUUUCCAAGGGGAUAUUUCUUAAGAGAGAUUCAUUCCCCUUCCCCAAUAGAUUUUUUAAAAAACAAACAGAGAAAAGCAAUGGAUAAGAACCCACUCUUCUUGUUUGUUCCCUCGAAUACUAGGAAGACACUAAUUACGUCUCAUGAAACAUAGUGGAUAGCCCCAACAUCCUUGAGUUCAAUUUGAAUAGAACGUGAUGUCUAAAUUUGCACAGGCAGUCAUUAAAACAAACGAAACCACGUUUUAAUCCUACCACUCAGAAAGUAUGAACUGAAGGACACAUAUAUUCAACCUGCUGUGUGCACUAAAGUUCAUCAUUAACAAAAAGCACACAGCAUGUCAGUAAGGCCUUGGAAGUGACCUGCCAAAAUCUUCUUGCAAAAAUGUCAUCAAUGUAGGUGGUGGAAGGGAAUAGUAGCCCAUAAUACUUGCAGCAGGCUGGAAUCCAAAGUUGUCGCUGAGCGAAAAUCACACCUAUGCAAACACAUGUGAUGAGGUUUGGUGAUUUCCCCCCCCUUCCAACCUAUCAUGCUGUUAUUGAAUCGACUCAGGAUGGCCUUCAGAAGCCAGCUCCUCAGGGGGUCUGUGGUGGGAUUGGGAAGCCAAGAAAGCCCUGGUUUGACCACAAAACACCAUAGAUCCUGACCAUAGUUCACAAGUGAUUCAGAUCCAUUCUUCAUACAAAACAGUGAAGAUUUGUUGUAUACCAAUAGUGAUGAAUUCGAGCUUUUUAAAUAAAGUUUUUUCCCAUUUGCAUCAAAUUACACUGAAUGCAUUACAAAAAAAAUGUAUAAAGAAACCAAGGGGAAAUGAAAUGAAAAGGGAUGAAAUGCAUUAAAAUGGGGAACACAGUAGAUCGACUAAGUGCACUUCAGAAAUACAGAUGUUCUCAUCUUGCUUAUUAAAGGGAAGAAAGAAAACAAAGGCUCAGCUACUCAUGGACUUGAACCUGAUGUUAGGAUGUAGUUCAUCUGGGAUCAGGAAUGCUAAAGCAGGACAGGACAUACAAAGCCUAUAUUUGGACUUACAGCCAAUAUUUGUGGAACCUCACUGGUCCAAGGAGUUCCUAGUUCAGCAGAACAGGAAGUUGUUAAAUUUGGCCAAGUAAAAGAUCUAGCUCACUGUGGAAGCGAAAAAAUUCAGAAAUCAUUUUUCAGUUUGUGACCCAGCUUCAUUUAAAAUACCAAGUUACACAUUCACACGUAUUUUAAGAAAAGCAGACAUUUACUUCAAAAUUGCAAUUAUAGGCUUUUCAAUCACAAAAAGGAAGAAAAGACAGUGAUCCGACAGUGGUCACAUCCUGUGCAAAGAACAUAGGAUACCUAAAAAAUAAAAGCACAAGGUACACAUUGCAGGAUAAUGUAAAUAAAUACAGAAUCUGAAAAUAUGGCACUCUUGUAUCUCACUCUAGACCAGAUGGAAUGCCUUGAAUAUUUCAUAGUUAAGUCCCACCACCGUCAUAAAAGUAAAGGGUUUCUUUAAAUAAAAACUAAAAUCUUUAUAUCUAAUACACAUUUCUAUACAUGUAUAUCUCUUAAGAGCAAAAGGUGGGCAAGACUUUUGACUUUUUUAUUUUUAAAGUAGCCUCUCACACACUUACAAAGUUCCAUACAAUCUGAAAAGUAAAGUUUUGUCUUUGAGGAAAAAAUAUUACCAAAGUUGCAUAAUUGUUUAUUACUCCCCUGGCUGGAAGAUUUAGAAUUCACCAGUCUUUAAAAAUUGCCAGUGUUCAUCCAUCAGGGAAAAGGAGGGACUUGUCAAAAGCCCUUGUAUCUUCUCGUGAUAACUUCCUCCAUCAUACGACAGCAGUUUCUAGUUUUGCAAACGGAAAGAAUGCAAUGUGCAUCAUACAUCAAGAAAAGACGGCAAAGACGAAGAACCGCCAUGUUUCUGGGGCUUCUCCCUGCUCCUUUCAACCUUCUUUAUAAUCUCUGCUACUAUACACACUGAUGAAGUGAGUCCCAGAAGAAACAGCAAGUCUAAACC